UUAUAUCCCUCCACCCCUUAAAAGAUAAAUAAUAAAAUAUCUUCUCAUCUACGAAGAAGAGUGAAGACUGAGAAGAAGUAGAAGAAAUGGUGCUGAAAAUUGGCGGGAAGGGUGGCGGUGGAGUGGGCCAGCUUUUGGUGGCGGUGGCGGCGGCCUUGCUGCUCCGCUUGUUAUCCUCCCCUGGACCUGAGCUCUUACCGGAAUGUGAGUUUGAUGAUGACCAGGAGCAAAAUGGGGAUGCUGAAGAAGAUGAUGCUCCGGUGACUGGGAAAGUUCCGCCAGUUACUAUCAAGUGGACGAAUAUCACCUGCUCUCUCUCCAAUAAAGCUUCAAAAUCAGUACGGUUUUUACUUAAAGGUGCGAGUGGAGAAGCACGACCUGGUAGACUCCUUGCAAUAAUGGGUCCCUCUGGGUCAGGAAAGACAACCCUACUCAACAUACUUGCGGGUCAGGUGAUGGCUUCACCUCGGUUGCAUUUGUCUGGCCUUUUGGAGGUUAAUGGACAGAAAAUCUCAAAGAGAACCUAUAAGUUUGCUUAUAUCAGGCAGGAAGACCUUUUCUUUUCACAGUUGACAGUUCGAGAAACAUUGUCUCUUGCAGCUGAAAUGCAGCUGGAGGAGAUAUCCUCAGUCGAGGAGAGAGAUGAAUACGUGAAUAAUCUGUUAUUCAAACUAGGCUUGGUCAGUUGUGCUGAUUCCCGUGUGGGGGAUGCAAAAGUUCGUGGAAUCAGUGGUGGAGAAAAGAAGCGUUUGUCACUAGCCUGUGAGCUUAUCGCCAGUCCAUCUGUCAUAUUUGCUGAUGAACCAACAACUGGACUUGAUGCUUUCCAAGCAGAAAAAGUUAUGGAAACUCUACGAGAACUUGCACUAGACGGACAUACUGUGAUCUGCUCCAUACACCAACCAAGAGGAUCAGUGUAUGGAAAAUUUGAUGACAUUGUUCUUCUGGCAGAAGGUGCACUUGUUUACGCUGGUCCAGCACAAGAGACAGUGUUGGAUUAUUUCUCUAAAUUUGGGUAUCUGUGCCCAGAUCAUGUAAAUCCUGCUGAAUUUCUGGCUGAUCUGAUAUCUGUAGAUUAUAGCUCCUCUAAGAGCGUUUUUGCUUCCCAGAAAAGGGUAGAUGCUCUAGUUGAGUCUUUUUCCCAACAGAUAUCAUCGACACUUUCUGCGACUCCUCUUACACGUGAAGGCUACAAGAGCAGCACAUACAUUAGGAAGAAAUCUGUAGUUAAAAGAAAAGUUGGUUGGUGGAGGCAGUUUUGUUUACUCUUUAAGCGGGCAUGGAUGCAGGCCUCGCGAGAUGGCCCAACAAACAAAGUUCGAGCAAGAAUGUCAAUUGCAUCAGCAGUUAUCUUUGGUUCUGUUUUCUGGAGGAUGGGACGAUCACAGACAUCAAUUCAAGAUAGAAUGGGAUUGCUUCAGGUUGCUGCAAUAAACACUGCUAUGGCUGCACUCACAAAAACUGUUGGCGUAUUCCCCAAGGAACGUGCAAUUGUUGAUAGAGAGCGUGCCAAGGGGUCUUAUGGACUAGGGCCAUAUUUGCUUUCAAAGUUGUUGGCAGAGAUUCCUGUUGGGGCUUCAUUUCCAUUGCUAUUUGGUGCAAUUCUAUACCCCAUGGCUGGCCUGCAUCCAACUUUAUCCAGAUUUGGUAAGUUCUGUGGCAUUGUAACUGUGGAGUCCUUUUCUGCUUCUGCCAUGGGUUUGACAGUGGGGGCCAUGGUUCCAACAACUGAAGCUGCAAUGGCAUUGGGGCCAUCUCUUAUGACAGUUUUUCUCAUAUUUGGAGGUUACUAUGUGAACGCCAAGAAUACACCAAUCGUGUUUCGAUGGAUUCCUCGAGUUUCUCUCAUAAGAUGGGCAUUUCAAGGUCUAUGCAUCAAUGAAUUUAGAGGCCUUCCAUUUGAUCAUCAGCAGCCAUUUGACAUCCAAUCUGGUGAACAAGCGCUGGAGCGAUUCUCCUUUGGAGGCAGCACUAUCAAGGAAACAGUAGUGGCUCAAAGUAGAAUACUUCUAUUUUGGUAUUAUACAACUUACCUUCUCCUCGAGAGAAACAAACCUAAAUACCAGCAACUUGAGCAGCCACCUGCGGAUCAAACUGAGAAACAGCCAAAGCUAGAGCCACUUGACAGUGAUCCAGAAGAACAAUAUGAGCAAAUUGAAUCUCCUCUUCUAGACCAAGGUACUAAUCUUAAGGGGAUGACUCUGCCAUGGAGGAGGUCAUGCUUAUUUUGACAUAAUCAGCUAAUUAUAACACAGAAUGUGGUUGCUAUUGUACUUUUAAUGCUCAUAGCCAACAAAUUCAAUGCAAAUGGCUGGCCUCAUAGUUCAAAGAGCUCCAAAUUUUAGGAGAUCGGAUACGUUUUGAGAUCUACUGUGUCAAAAUGAUGUUUCCAGUUGUGCAUUUCUUUCAUGGAUGUGUUCUUUAACUUCCCGAGUGACUUCAUUGGAUGGAAUGUAAGGCUCUACGAAAGAAAAGUUAUCUUUAAUAUUUUAUGCAGUAGCUUGCGCAUUUUACAAUCUUUUGCGCUUGAUUUA